AAUGGCGAAGAGAGAAAAGACGGAACUAGAGAACUACAGGUUUUGGUUUACGCGACUGUGAUAAGGAUAUAUUUGCUGUUGUUAUGUUAUACAAGUCACUCGUAGGGAGUGCCUGCACUCUGCUAGGAGCUGCAACAGCCUUAAAAAUUGCCCCUGUGGAAGUCCAGGCCCAAGCAGCUGCUCUCCUUCACAGCGCAGUGAGGAAAUCCUCUCUGGUGGAACAGGCGAACAUGAGGGUUGAACUUCUCCCUGCACUCAGUGACAACUACAUGUACCUCCUGAUAGACGUGGAGUCCAGGGAAGCAGCUAUUGUUGAUCCUGUGGAGCCAAUCAAGGUUGUGGAAGCUGUGAGAAAGCAUGGCGUAAAACUCACAACAGUUUUGACCACUCAUCACCACUGGGAUCAUGCUGGCGGAAAUGAAAAGAUGUUAAAGCUAAUGCCCGGACUGAGGGUCUAUGGAGGAGAUGACAGAGUUGAUGCUAUUACAAAGAAAGUUUCUCACUCCAACAAUAUAAAAGUUGGAUCACUCAAUGUCAAAUGCCUGUUUACACCAUGUCACACAACUGGUCACAUCUGUUACUAUGUGACAAAGGAGAAAAGCACAGAGCCACCAGCUGUUUUCACAGGGGACACACUGUUUGUGGCCGGCUGUGGUAAAUUCUUCGAGGGUACAGCAGAGCAGAUGCACAAAGCCUUGAUAGAUAUUCUUGGAUGCCUGCCUCCUGAAACGCGAGUUUACUGCGGUCACGAGUACACCGUCAGCAAUCUGAAAUUUGCACAUCAUGUGGAACCAGAAAAUGAAGUCAUACAGAAGAAGCUGGCAUGGGCAGAGGAGAAAUGCAGCAAUGGAGAACCGACCGUUCCUUCCACUUUGGCUGAUGAAUUCACAUUCAACCCCUUUAUGAGAGUAAAAGAGAAAUCAGUGCAAGACCACGUAAAGCAGACGACCUCGAUCGAAACCAUGAGAAGUCUCCGGAAAGAAAAAGAUGGCUUCCGGGUGCCCAAGGAGUGAUGUCCACUGCAUUCAUGCUCCUUACAGCACUUUGAUCUGUUAAUGGUGCACUACGAAAUAUAUCUGCAUUUCAUCUUCAAAACUGCUAUAAAUAGAUCUUCUACAUUUUCUCUGUCAUGGCACACUUUUUUUGGAUCGCAAUAAUCGGAUCUAUUAUAUGGCUAUAAACUUGUUCAAGUUUUAUUUGCUUUGUUUGGAUCGUAUUGGUGUGGUGGUUUUAAGAAAUAUAUGUUCAUUAAUUGAAUGCUUAAAAUUUGAAAACUGUUGAGGAUUAUUUUGCAAUAUAGCAAUGUACAAACUACAAUUUCAUGAAGUGUUAGAAGAAAAGGAGCAGCUUGAUGAACACAUGUAGUAAUAUAUGUAACAUUUCUGUAAAUUAAUAAAUAAUUUCUUUACCUGUAAAGAUUAA